ACAUCAACAUCAACAUCAACAUCAACAUCAACGUCCGCGUCCACAUCCAAAUCCACAUCCUCAUCCACGUCCACAUUCACAUCCACAUCCACAUUCACAUCCACAUCCAUAUCCAUAUCCACAUCCAUAUCCACAUCCACAUCCAUAUCCACAUCAUCAUCAUCAUCAACAUCAACAUCAACAUCAACAUCAACAUCAAC